AUGUCUAUGCUCACCUUCUCUGGAGGAUCUGCUCCAGUUACAAAAUACCUCUCUUACACUCUCCCAAGCUCAUGGGAGGAGGUUAUGAAGAAAGGCCUUACCGCAUCGUCGAGGCCAAAUGCGUGGACAUUAUUUAACACUUGGAGAUCACGUCACAGGGGCGCCGCAGUUGGAAACGUCGUUAAAACCCAUGUACCACUCAAUAAGGAGGAGUGGAAAAGCUUCGCCGAGAACGACCCUGUAAAACUACAUUUCGAAAGAUUAGCAGAGUUGGCGAAAAGUCGUAGAAAGGACAUGGCUUCCAAAGCUACCACAUCGUCUAAAAGAUCCGGAUCUGAUAUAGAUGGAGAAAAAGAGAAUUCUCGGCCCAAGAAGAAGGCAAGACAUUGUACAGAAGUAAUUAUCCCAACAAACACAUUGGACGAUGCACAGUCUAGUAACGGACUCUUUGAGGAAGCUUUUGAGGAAAUUGCAAAUAUAUCAUGUAAUGAGACAGAUCAUAAUGAUCUACUCAACGACAAUGGCACAUCCGACGAUCUCCUCGGGCAGGAGGCUUCACGAGCUGCAGAAGAGCAGUCUUCUAGCGAGGUUUCUAGGCAGGACAGCGUUCCCGCUGGAGGGUAUCAAUCACCUACCGAGGCUAUCUUCGACAACAUUGCGGAGAAGGUUAUCGUCGAUGAUAAUGUGAAGGAGGCUAUCGUCAACGAUAUUGUGCAGGAGGCUGUCCUAGACGACAUUGUGCAGGUCCAGGAGGCGACUACAACUACAGUUAAAGAAUCAUUACCCAGGGAUGCACCCAUCAGUGUUGUGGAAGAGCUUCCACAAUCCCAGGAAGGACAGGAGCCUUCAUUGAAUUUACAGCAAUCAGAUAUUCCCGCAGCCCUCAACGACCAUAUCGACGACACAUUAGAUAGGAUUUUUACAGACAUAAUCGACCUCAGCCAAUUCUCCGAAGAUAACUUUUGA